CAGCAUCUGUUCUGCAUGUAGAAGGCCCCAGGUUCACUUCCUAGCAUUUUCAUGUAGGCUCUGGAAGGACUCCCUGUCUGAAAAACUAGAAAACCACUACCACUCAGUAUAGACCCCCUGAGCUAGUUGGACCAGUGGUCUGACUCAGAAUAAGGCAGCUUCUUAUGUUUCUGGCUAGGAAGCAAACAUUUGUAUGCCCACAGCCUGAGGGACUCAUUUGCAUCCAGACUUUGCCUCUGCUCCACCUCUGAAAUUCUACCUCUUAAAUGUGCUUAAAGAUUUCAGUGGGGUUGGGAGCUGUACUAGGGUUGAAAAGGCUGGUUGCUCCAUAAAUGCUGCUAGACCAUGGUUCUGCUAGCACCUCCAGCUCUAUGGUUUCUGGGUCUUUUCUUAGCAGGCAAUGCAGAAGUGAUGCUGAACCAGCCUGGCUCUAUGCUGGCACCCCUAGGAAAUGUCACUCAGCUCCCCUGCACCCUGUCUGGCGACAGCAUCACAAGCAUCGCGAGCCACAUCAUCGUCUGGCUCCAGCGGAAGUAUCAGGGCUCUCCCAAACGCAUUUUGUAUUACAAAGAUGAAUCGAACCAACAUAAAGUCUCGGGGGUACCUGAUCGCUUUUCUGCUUUCAAAGAUGCCCAAAGGAGCACCUGCUACCUCACUAUCUCUGGGGUCCAGGCAGAGGAUGACGGCAUCUAUUACUGCCUGACAUCGGCAGGGGGAGAAUACCACAGUGCUUUAGCUUAAGGGAGAACCAGGACC